AUGGAAUUUGUUGAGCCUAAUAUAGCGAAUUCAGAUGGACAGAGAAGUGACUAUCGCUACGAAAUGAAUCUCUUUAGAUGUGAUUCAGAAUCUACCCCAUUUUAUACAGCCAAAAACACCUAAAAAGAUGACAAGAGUUCUGUAUACUAGAGUAAUGUUAACUUUGAUGACUAAAGAAACUUUAAUGAGCAAGAAAUAGAGGAUUUUUUUGGUGUGGACUACUAGGAAAUGUAGAGAAUAGUUUAGGUGAGUCAAAAGUACUUGAAUAAUGUGAAACUUAUAAUGGAUGAGGAGAAAGCAGUACCUUCUCCAGUAAAAAUAGAUGCAUUGAGGUGUAAUGCAGAGUGGUCUAGUUAAAAAUUAAGGACUAAUGCCUAAAAGCCAAUAAGAAUCGAAUUCUAAUUCUCCAGAGUCUCAUAAUGUAUCAAAGAUCAUCUUACUAAUGAGGUAAUUGAAGAAGCGGAUGUUGAAGAUUGGAUUGAGACUUUGAGUAGGUAAAACAAUGAUAAUUGCAUUAUUGACGGAGUAGCCUCUAGGAAAAUUGUGGGGUUUACUUGCUUUUACAGAUAAAAUAAUCGAAUGUUAUAAGAGAAAGAAGACUUUCAAAAGGUCCAGGAGACAUUAGAACAAUUAUAAGGUAAAAUAGCUUCUGCCAGAAGCGAAAGUAUGUCAAGCUAAUAAAAGCAGAUGUAAAUGGCAAAGAAAUAUGAGGAACAAGCUUUGAUUGGAAUGAUACUUAUGAAGUUUUAGAAACCUACCGAUUCUGACUUUCCUGAAACCCUUAAACAUCUCCCUGUGUUUUGGCCAUUCAAAAAGUCAUAACCGACAACAUAAGACUAGACUCCAUAGAGUAGUCAAUCAAACACUCCAUUAUAAUCAUCAGUCUAAUCUCAGCAACAUUAACAACAUGAAAUUAACAAAGAUGAUCUUGAGAAGUAAAUGUAGGCUCAAGAGAAGGUUUUAAAAGAAAAAGCAUUAAAAUCACAAGUAGCUAAAAUUAUAUUUCUGGGUGUUGUCCCAUAGUGUAAAAGAUCUGGCAUUGGCACUUUAAUAUACAAGAAAUGCCUCCAUAUAGUGGAGAAUUAAUUUCCUAACUGCAUCCUACUAUACUAUCUGAAGAACCCUGAUUUUUUAAGCAGUAAUUUUCGAUCUAUCCAGGGAUUUUUGGUGAGGAAUCAUUUCAAAAUACUAAAUGAGUCAAGGCAAUUGGGUGAGACUAUAAGUGAUAAAACAGUGUUCUAUUAUAAUAUCACUUCAUUAUAAAUGGAAUAAAAGUAUUCAAUGAAUGGAUUGUUUGCUGAAUUUAUCAAAGUACUAUGCAAGAAUCCUCUAGCUCUAUGUCAUCGUGAAGGCUAGAAAAAGUUGAAGAAAGAAUUAAAAAGAGUUAAACAUAAGUAUGAGAAUUAAGAUUUUGAAGAAGAUGAUGUUGAAGAGUUUAAAACUGAGUAAGAUAGACAGGAAUCUGAUUAAUUGGCCUAGCGAAAUAACAAUUAAAAUAAUCAGAUAUAAUUCAACAAUUAUCAAUAGGUUGGAUUAAAUAGAUAUCCCUAAAGAGAUGUAUUCGAAAUAAAUGACAACCAUCUGGAAAUUAUGGACAUAGUAAAGUAAUAAAGAUAGCAUAAUUUAGAUAAUCAAAUUUGA